AUGCUGUUUACUGCAUUUGCUAUAUUGGCAAUCGCUGUUGCGAGCAAUGGCAUAUCUUUCGAUUACUUUGUCAAUGGAGGACAGGCAGCAGGAGCGGAGGAAACAGGUCGCACUGGCGUCGCAUCAACUGCG